AAAAAGUAUAAUGGCAUAAUUAACUUGUGGUCCGCUUGUUCUGGACGGGCCCUGGGCCGGUAUGUCCACAUAAGAAAAUGGCGUUGCUACAGAAUGUGUUUUGAAAGGUCCAGUCAAGAUAAUAUCAUAUAACAUUUUAUCGAUAUGGACAUCUCAGCAAUGCUCGAAGUACAAGUAGACGAAGUAAAAGAGGUUGACAGUAAGGAGAACGUUACACCGAAGGAUUUAAUUCCCUCUGUAACCAUUGCCCCACCACAGAUUUCUCAAGAAGAAAAUAAUUUUUAUGAACUUAUGUUCGGAAAUGAUAUUUCUAUAGUAAGAUUUCGUAAAAUUCAUUGUACGGCAUGUGAUGUUCAUAUUGGUUCUGCACCAGCACAAGCUCAUAAUAUGUUAGAACAUCCUGUAUUGCAUACAUUGUUGUGUGCUAAAUGUAGAGAAUUUUAUGGGGAUGGUACUUUUGAACAAGGAGAUGAUGCUACUGACAUGUUUUGUAGAUGGUGUGCAAAUGGCGGCAAUUUAUAUUGUUGUUCCUAUUGCAGUAAUACUUUUUGUUAUAAAUGUAUUAAAAGAAAUUUUGAUUCUUUAGUAAGAAAAAAGAUUGAGGCCGAUGAAAAAUGGAAAUGUUUUGUCUGUAAUCCAGUGGAUUUAUAUACUGCUAGGGCAACAUGUUGGGCUUUGUUACAGCAUGUACAAACGGUUACAAGAAUAUUACAAAAUGAUAGAGGAAUGUCACCAGAAGAUAUAGAAGAAAAAAUGAAUUUAGAUGAGUCUGAAUGUUGUCCACGUAGAAGAAAGCGUAAACGUAGAAGGAAUGGAUCUAAUUCUGAAGACGAGGAUGAAACGUAUGAUCCUAAUCUUAGUAAUGAACCAAUAACAGCAAAGCGUAGAUCAUUAAAAAGAAAAUACAAGCAUAGAAGGAUAACUAUAUCUAAUGGAACUAUUCCAAGAUUGGUACCUAUAAAACAAUGUUUGUCUUCGUCCACUGAAAAUAGUUCAAAGUCUCCUGAAGUAAGCACAUCAUUAUGUUCUGAUGAACAUAUCAAAAAUGAUAACGCUACUGUAAAUUCAGGUACAUUAGUUACGACUGUUCCAAUAAAAACACAGGAAAAUUCAUUAUCUCCGCGAUCUGAUCAAACCACUAAAGAGAAGAUUGAUUCACCCAAUCUAAAGACAACUGUAUAUAAUUCUACCAUCAACGCAGUCCCCACCGUAAAAUUAUUACAAUCCACAGCUGCAUUUAAGCCAAUGCAUACUAUAAUAGCUUCACGAGUUCAAGGAAAAAAUUCGUUUCAAACUACGUAUUAUCCUGCAACACAAAUGGUAACUAUACCAAAUCAAAAACAUCACAUAAUGUUAAAUAGAUCUCGAGUUUUACUACCAAAACCAAAAAAAGUAGUACAAAUGAUGAUGGCACCAAAUGUUAUAAAUUUGGAUAGUGAUUCUGAUGAACCAUCAACCAUUCAAUCGAUGAAUUCUCAAAAUAUGCCUCUUAAUAAGAAUACUACAGUUAACGCUGACUCACAAUCAACGAUAGCUGUACCUGUAGCACUUGUGAGUACGGAUAAUAGUUGUAGUAAUAAUAGAACAAACAUAAAUGAGGUAAUAGAACAGCCUUUGCGCGAGUUAUAUACAAAUAUAAAAAAAAGUGAAAAGAAUUUUAGUCAAAUUGUAUUUCUUCCAUAUAAAGAACCAUUUAAUUAUAUCUUAGAUAAUCUUAAAAUUAAAUUUCAUCAAAUACUUGAAGAUACACGAAGUGAGAAAACAAGUACGAAUAUUAUACAAGAAGCACAAUCUAAAAUUCAGUCUCUUUAUGAUGAAAUUUGUAACACUGUAACGCAACUAGCGUAUAUUAAUGACAGGAUAGUACGAGACUACAGCAGUUGGGAAAGAUCUCACAAUACGGAAAAUAAAAUUGUAGAAAAGUCUAUUUCUAGAGCAUUAUCAUUGGAAGAUGUUAAUAAAAUACCACUUGAUAUGACUUGUGUAUCUGAUUCUACUGCAGAAUCUGACAAUGAGGAUGUUGUAACAAUUAUGAAACCAUCUGAACUUGUUCUUUCAACUAAUGUUUUUGAAACAUUUUCCAAAAAGAAAAGGAUGGUUAGUCAAGGUGUCGGAAAUUCUUCUAUUCUUUAUACGGAUAAGUCAAUACAAGUGUUUAAUUUUGAAUCAAAGGAUUAUGAAAAAACAAUUGGUCAUUCAAUUUUAAUGAAAGCCAAUAAUAAUCCUUCAACUAAUAACAGUGAUUUACAGCCAAUAAUUACACCAAAUAAACAUUUUGGAAAAUAUCAAGAACAAUUUAUAUUUUACUUACAACAUAUUGAAGAUCAUGGAAUGGAAAUAGAUGACUCAUCGAACGAUGUUUUAGAAAGUCUUACAGGUAUGGAGAUGGAUUCAAGUAGUCCAGAAAUAUUAAUUAAUGAAAUUCCAUCCAUUAAUUUAAGCAAAUCUACUAAAUUAAAUGACCAGAAAGAUCGUAAAACAAAAACUGUGAAUAAUGUACCAGAAACAGAAUUGAUACUUUCACUUCCGAAACCUGUUCCGAAUAAUCUCAGGGUAGAAAAAAUUUCAAUUAAUAAUAGAGAUAUAAAUACAGAAGUUGAAAAAGCACAUACAAAAAUAACAUGCAAUAUAUUGCCUAAAACACAAAAUUUAGACGUAAAAAAGGCGAUAGAGACCGUUAUAAAUUCAUUAAUUGUUAAUGAAACAAAUUCUACUGAGAAUUUAAAUAAUUCUACAGAAGAUGAUAUUACCAUUAUCGAGGAUUAACGCAAUAAUAGAAAAACGUAAUGAAAGCGACCUAAAUUUAAAUGUGAAGUGUUGUUUAUCAUUAUCGAGCGAAUUAAUUUGUGCUUAUAAAUAGGAGCAUACUUAAUAAAAUUUUCAACUUC